GACUCUGUAUAGCACUGAAACUCUAUAACGCUGCACGGAGUGUGUGUUUACUGCUCCUUACAACCUGACGAGUAAAAUCCAUACAAAAGGCGCACCGUAUUAUAAGACGCACUGUCAAUUUUUGUGAAAAUUAAAAGUUUUUAAGUGCGCCUUAUAGUCCGAAAAAUACGGUAAUCAUUAUUACAUUAACGUCUUGGUGCCUAUUUCUUUGCCAUGGAGUGUAUAUGCAAGAUUUGAUCUGAUUAAAUAUUACUGGGUUGUUGCAUUUAAACCCAUUUCUCCAGCAAAACUGGUUGUAUGAUGUAUGUAAACUGUGGUUCUGAGCGUGUGGAUGAUGGUUUACAUGUGUUUUAAUAGCUUGGUCAUGGCCGGGUGUUAGAGUGUGAGCGGCAUCUGUUUCCCCCAGUAGCUGACGGUAGCGAGGUGGUCUGUAUUUAUAGAGCACUCUGAGGGGCGUCAUUUGGCAGAGUGCCCAGUUUUCGAUCAUCGGAUUUCCAGGCCAGGUUGAGAGUGUCCAGAACAUCCAGAUUUACAGGCUCUCUCCUCACUCUGCUGUGCCUGGACUCUAACGGCCUCUCAGAAGCCCCAGACUCAGUGGCUGUCAGUGGCUGGGGCUACCCCCUCUCUCUCUCUCUCUCUCUCUCUCACACUCUUUCUCUUUCCUGCUCCUCUGGAUAGCUCAGGGUCCAGCGGGAAAAGAGCAGAAGAGUAACGAGUGAAGGGGAGCAGCCGAGGAGCUUGAACUGUUCAGAUAGAGGGUUGUACAACAGCAGAGGAAGAAGAUAUAAUUGAUUAAAAGAUGAAAAAAGUAUCCUUGAAUAGGAGAAAAGAAGAGAAGAGAAAAGAGAAAUGACAACAAAGAAAGAAAAAAAAAGGAGAAGGGAAAAGCAGAGAAUAAUCAAGAAGAAAAGAGAAGAGGCAAGAAAAAAAACUAAACAAGACAGGAAGAGAUUAGAUGACACAAGAAAAAAUUAAAUUAAUCAGAAAUAGUAAAGGAAAGCCAAGAAGUUGAGACAAGACAAGAAGAGAACUAAGGAGAUAAGCAGAAAAAGGACAAGACAAAACAAAACAAGACGAAACAAGAGUCGAGACAAGACAAAACGAGGCAAGAAGAAAGAAAAGACAAGAGAAAAGAAUAAAGGAGGAGACAGGAGAAUAGAAAAGGAGAAAAGGUGUGAUUAAAAAUGAAGACAUGAGACAAAGAGCAGAAAUUUGAUGGAGUGAUGAGAUGAAUGUGCCGGCGUGUAUCCCGUUCUUCUACAUCUCCAGUGUUUCUGAACUUCCUCUUUUGUGAGUUUGAUCUGAACUGUAAUCCAGGGGGCGACAGGGAGCGAAUGACAGCCAACCAUGAGACGUACCUGCUCAUGGCCAGCACGCAGAAUGACAUGGAGGAUUGGGUGAAGACCAUCCGCAGGGUCAUAUGGGCUCCGUUUGGAGGAGGAAUUUUUGGUCAGAAGCUGGAGGAGACAGUGCGGUACGAGCGACGCUACGGGAACAAGCUGGCACCCAUGCUGGUGGAGCAGUGUGUGGACUUCAUCAGGCAGUGGGGUCUACAGGAGGAGGGGCUAUUCCGCCUGCCAGGCCAGGCCAACCUGGUUAAGGAGCUGCAGGAUGCCUUUGACUGCGGAGAGAAACCUUCUUUCAACAGUAGUACAGAUGUACACACUGUAGCAUCUCUGCUGAAGCUGUACCUGCGAGAGCUUCCUGAGCCUGUGAUCCCCUUCUGCAAAUAUGACGAGUUCCUGGCCUGCACCAAACUCCUCAGCAAGGACCAGGACUCGGGAAUGAAGGAAUUAAGAAGACAAGUAGAAAGCCUACCUCUGGUGAAUUAUAACCUGCUGAAAUACAUAUGCAGGUUCCUGGAUGAAGUGCAGUCGUAUUCAGGAGUGAAUAAAAUGAGUGUGCAGAACUUGGCCACGGUCUUCGGGCCAAAUAUUCUGAGACCCAAAGUGGAGGAUCCAGUGGCAAUAAUGGAGGGUGCGGUUCUGGUGCAGCAGUUGAUGGCGGUCCUCAUCGGUCAGCACAGCGUGAUCUUCCCACCGGACGAGGACAGCAGUCCCGGUACUGUGGAGCUCUGUAACAACAACAACCCCUCCAAAAGGCCCACCGCCGGCCAGCUCCAGAACAAAGAGAACAACAACACCACCACUGUCCGCCACUGCACCUGGGAGACCCCCGACUCACCCACCCGCGCCACCCUGGACAACGGAUCCCCCCGCUCAGGAAGCCCCCGGAACGGACCCACUGCACCACGCUUCGAGUUUGAGGUGACGCGCAGUCCUCCUCUGAUGGUGAAGAAGAACCCAGCACUCAGUAAAGGCAGUAAGGGCAUCGUCACCAACGGCUCCUUCAGCUCCUCCUCCUCGUCCUCGGCCGAGGCCGGCCAGGAGAAGUGUCAGAACCAGGCGCUCACCAGCACGGGCACACUACAAGCCCGCCGCACCAAGAUGGGCGUGCAGAACGGGGGUGUGCGGAUGGGCGUGUCCAGCACCGACGUGGUGAACGGGACUGUGAUCGGGCGCAGUAACGGACUUUGGUCUCCGCCUGGUUGCGUAACACUGCGUGAGGAAAAGGGGCGGGACGGCUGCGAGCAGCAGAACCGCUUGUCCACCUACGAUAACGUUCAGGUCCAGCAGAUGACCUCUGGCCAGCCGUGUCUCAGCAGUAGCAGCUGUGAGGACAAGCAGAGCGUGGACAGCGCCACCUGGUCAACGUCAUCCUGCGAAAUCUCACUACCCGAAAACUCCGCCUCCUGCCGGUCCUCCACCACCACCUGCCCAGAGCAGGACUUCUACACCGGAGCCUUUGAGGACCCGCUGCUGGACGGGGCGGGGCAGGAGGAACGGCGGGACACUAAUGGAGGAGUAGGGGGAGGGCGGAGCAGCAGGGGGACGAGUAGCAGUGAGAACAGCGAGGCGGCGUUUCCUCUGAGUAAUGGAGCGAACAGCCACAGCGCCCUCCACAGUCUGGUGGGCAGCUUGAAGCAGGAGAUGAUGAAACAGAAAAGCGAAUACGAGGCCAGGAUUAAAAGUCUGGAGCAUCGUAACGUAGAGCUGGAGGCGGAGAUGGUGACGCUGCGGGACGAGUUGGAGCAGGAGAGGAAGAAGUUCACCAUGGUGGAGAUCAAACUACGCAACGCAGAACGGGCCAAAGACGACGCCGAGAAACGCAAUGAAAUGCUGCAGAAGGAGAUGGAGCAGUUCUUCUCUACCUUUGGAGAUCUGACCACUGACCCUCGCCGGCCAGACCGAGCCAAUACCAUCUGGAUCCAGUGAGCGGCAGCGGCGCGGACGGGACUGAGGACUGUAGCGUUAUGGUGCCAGUAGGGGGAGUAUACAGCCACUGUUAGGACACCUGUAUACUCUUCAGAAACGAUCUAGGACCAGCUUACUUACGUUUUAAUGGCUCCACUUGGACAGACUGUGACUGAUAUGUCUGAGUGAAGCCCAGAGCCAAAAUCCUACCUGGACCAUCAGAACUGGACCAGUCCAUAAUGGUGUAAUAAGAUUAUAACAAUCGGAUAUACCAGUCAAAAGGGAGAAAAAGACUGUACCAUUUGAAUUAAAAGAAAGGGAGGUCAAGCGAAGACAACCCAAAGAAGAAGGAUUAUGGGUAAUUCAGUCUUUUACCAGACUUCAGCCUUAACAAUGGAGUGAAAAAAGAGCCUACAGAAGAACCAAGAAUGUCAUACCUUUAGUUUGUAAUCCAACCAAAAAUUUCCUGUUACGUGUUCUGAUUGUGUAUUCUGUGUAUAUAAAGCAAAAAAACCUGGAGAUGGAAAGAUGUAUGUAUAAAAGCAAGCUAAGAUAUUUUAAUGUACGUCUGAUAUUUAAACUGAGAAUUAUCACAUUUUAUUUGUUAUUAUACCGAGGUCUUUCCCUGCGCUUAGUGUUUUCUUCGUUUUUUAUCAACUACAGAACGGUACAGAAACAGCUUUGAACCUUGUGUUGUUGAUGUUAGACUCUAUGAUUUACACAAUGCAGAGAAUACAGACAAAAUUAAGGCUUAAAACAGACUUCUAAUAUAAAAAGGAACUUUUGACUAAAAUCAAAAAACCUGAAGGGAAAAAACAAAUUGAAAAUAAACCCUCUGUUCUUAGACUCGGUUCUAGAUUUAAUCACCCAGGUAACAUGCUCAUGUGAGGCCCCAUCUGGAUUUUACUUUCCACACUUUAUGGAGCUUAAAAUCUGAUGUGAGUAUUUGAAUCUGCAUUUUUUGAAAUAUUAAAUAGCUUCACCUAAACCCACUUAGCCCACUGUAAGUCCACUUGUGUAUGUGUAACAAAUAUUCAAUAGUUUCCACUAUUUUUAUUGAAGACAAUGUGGUAACUUUUUACUACAGUACAGUACAAAUAUUACACCAAACUCAUAUCAACCUCUGAACGACACUAUAUGUAACCUAUAGGUUUGUGGACAGCCCUUCUAAUGAGUUCAGUAUUCUAGUCCAGUCUAGUUCCUUUUCUCUGAAAACAGAUAAACAUGAAUUAUUGGCACCAACACCAGGCAUGAGCUGGAGGAGUAUAACCCCAGUAUUGGGCUGUAGAGCAGUGGAACUGUGUUCUCUGGAAUGGAGUAGUUUUGGAUGGGAUGAGUCGAGGAGUUGUGGUGGUGAUUAUCUAACACUCUCACUGACUUCACUAAUUAAGCUCUUGUUGCUGAAUGCAACCAAAUCCUCAGAGAAAUGCUGUAAAUCCAUAAUAGUAGAGCAGAAUAAACUGGUUUACUUUUUAUUUGAUUUCUGAAGAAAUGAUGUACAAUGAGCAGGUGUCCUAAUACUUUUGACCAUAUGGUAAAAAUAUGUAAAAAUUUCCCCAGAGAAAUUGUGAUGAAAUCUGCCUGUGAUAAGGCUUUUUUAUACUAGCAGCAAGAGCCACGUCUCCUGCUAACCCAGACUGAAAGAGCCUCUGUCGCACUCAGCAGCGCUCCCAAGUGGCACUAAAGUGUAUAAUAGUAGAGUUUAGAAGGUGUAUUAUAUACAGUGUAAAUCAAUCUGAUUUAUUUUGAGUAUACUGAAUCUUGUUGGACCUGUUCUCCUCCAUGUGUGUGUUUUCAGGCAUGUGUCCAAGGUUAGGCUUCUGUCUCAGUGUCUGAUUGAGUGCAAUGUUACUGCAGAUGUCAAUAAAAUUAAAUUAAAUUAUGUGACCUCA